AUGUACGCGAGGUUGUUACCACUGAGAUCCAGUAAACUUGGAUGUUUUCCAAGGAGAUUGGCUUCGUCCUCUUCGGGGCCGAGGGUGCCCGAACAAGCAGGAUAUCGAGUAGACUUACACAGAGAAUUGCAGACGACAGAGGGACCUCGUAAGGCAACGAUGUUCAACGAGCGCAGCCAGCUGUCGUAUACAAGACGUUUAGUGGUGAAACUGGGCAGCGCCGUCAUCACGAGGGAAGACGAACAUGGAUUAGCACUGGGUCGUUUAGCAUCCAUAGUCGAACAAGUAGCCGAAUGCCAAAACGGAGGUCGUGAAUGUAUUAUGGUAACUAGCGGAGCGGUAGCAUUUGGUAAACAGAAGCUCGCCCAAGAACUGUUGAUGUCCUUAUCGAUGAGGGAAACGCUGAGUCCAGGUGGUCAUAUGAGAAAACGCUCAGGCACUCCUUUAGAACCUAGGGCAGCAGCCGCAGUGGGUCAGUCAGGGCUGAUGUCUCUGUAUGACGCUAUGUUCGCACAAUAUGGUGUAAAACUGGCCCAAGUAUUAGUCACCAAGCCAGAUUUCUACAACGAGGAGACUCGUAAGAACUUGUUCAGCACGCUGACCGAAUUACUUAGUUUGAACAUCGUUCCCAUAAUCAAUACCAACGACGCUGUCUCACCUCCGCUAAGCGUUGACGAGGAAAUAACUGGUAGAGGCAUUCCGAUCAAAGACAACGAUUCUUUGGCCGCUAUGCUGGCCGCUGAGAUUCAGGCAGACUUAUUAAUCUUAAUGAGCGACGUCGACGGCAUUUACAACUUGCCCCCGUGGCAGGACGGUGCUAAGAUGUUGCAUACAUUUAGUAUGGACCUUAGGGAUACCAUCAAGUUCGGACAGAAGUCGAAGGUCGGUACCGGCGGCAUGGACGCGAAAGUUAAUGCGGCGCUUUGGGCCUUGGAUCGAGGUGUCUCCGUAGUGAUCUGUAACGGAACUCAAGAAAAGGCUAUAAAGAAUAUUCUGUCCGGAAGAAAGAUCGGCACAUUCUUCACACAGACAACCGAAACUUCCACACCUGUAGAGGUUGUUGCCGAAGAUGCUCGAGUUGGAAGCCGAACUCUGCAAGCCCUUCAACCAGAAGAACGAGCAGGCUGUAUCAAUACGUUAGCUGAUCUUCUGGAAUCUCGUCAGACGGAAAUUCUGAGCGCUAACAUGAAAGACCUCGAAGCUGCGGAGAAGAGUGGCUUGGCGAAAGCUUUGCUCUCUCGACUUUCCUUGACGCCUGCCAAAUUGAAGUCUCUGAGCUCUGGUUUGCGGCAGAUCGCCAACGACUCCUUAACGAACGUUGGUCGUGUACUCAGGAGAACAAAACUGGCUGAAGGUCUCGAACUGAAACAAAUCACUGUCCCUAUCGGCGUGUUGCUAGUGAUCUUCGAAUCAAGGCCCGACAGUCUACCUCAGGUUGCGGCAUUGGCGAUGUCUAGCGCCAAUGGUCUUCUUCUGAAAGGAGGCAAAGAAGCAGCCAACAGCAAUCGGUAUUUAAUGGAGUUGGUAAAAGAGGCAUUGAACACCGUAGGAGCUGCAAACGCGAUAUCCCUUAUCUCGACCAGAGAAGACGUCGGUGAUCUGCUGUCGAUGGGCAAACACAUAGACUUGGUGAUUCCUCGAGGCAGCUCCGACCUUGUCCGUAAUAUCCAGGAGCAAUCGAAGCAUAUUCCUGUGUUAGGACACGCGGAGGGUAUUUGUCACGUGUAUGUGGACAAGGAUGCGGAUCUGAUCAAAGCUUUGAAGAUCGUCAGAGACUCGAAAUGUGAUUAUCCUGCCGCUUGUAACGCUAUGGAGACGCUGCUUAUUCACAAAAGUCACAUGAAGGGCAGCUUCUUCACGGAUGUGUGCAACAUGCUGCAAAAGGAAGGAGUAAAAGUAUAUUCCGGGCCGAACCUGAGGAAGCAACUGACGUUCGGGCCACCGGCCGCCAAAAGCAUGAAAACCGAGUACGGAGCGCUGGAAUGCGCGAUUGAGGUCGUGUCAGACGUCGACGACGCGAUAAAUCAUAUUCACAAAUACGGCAGUGGACAUACGGAUACUAUCGUUACCGAGAAUAACCAUAGUGCCGCGCACUUCCAGAGGGAAGUCGACAGCGCCUGUGUUUUCCAUAAUGCCAGUACCCGAUUUUCCGAUGGAUACAGAUUCGGCCUUGGCGCCGAGGUGAGCCGUUGA